AUGUCCCACCGUCAUCAGCAUAAGGCAACAGCUGCUAACAACGAAAAGAACCUCGCUAUACUUAAGCAACUUCUUCGAGAAACACCCAACAGAACUUGUGCUGAUUGUAAGACUUCUCAACACCCUCGUUGGGCAUCAUGGUCUCUAGGAUGCUUUAUCUGCAUUAGAUGUUCUGGAAUUCAUAGGGGAAUGGGAACUCACAUUUCCAAAGUCAAGUCAGUUGACUUAGACACUUGGAAGGAUGAUGAAGUGGAAAAUAUGAUCAGAUGGGGUAACCAAAAAAGUAACCAAUUUUGGGAAGCCAAGUUGCCCGAUGGGUAUAUUCCUGAUCUGUCCAAGAUUGAGAAUUUCAUCAAAACAAAAUAUGAUAUGAAGAAAUGGGCUGCAUCCUCCAAAUUACCUGACCCUCUGACUUUAGGGAAGGCCUCUUCUUCAAGAGGUGCGAAUCCCGGUUCUGCUAACUCAAAUAUCAACAGCUCUAAGCCUGCAUCAACCAAUUUAUUAGAUGAUGAUGAAGAGUUUGGAGACUUUUCAGCCAAUUCUUCAGGUUCUAUAACACCACAACCAACUCCAAAGAGCAAUAAUAAACCUCCUGCGCCAAAGUUAUAUUCUCAACUGACUUCUCAAAUCAAUCUGUUGCCACCUGUACCUCCCAAAGUUCAUGGUACAUCGCAACAUACAGUCUCGACUUCUGCCAUUGGGAACCUGAAUAUCGCCACACCUCCUACUCCUAGUGCUAAUAAUGGUCGUGCUGACUUAAAGAAAUCAAUCUUGUCCUUAUAUUCUUCUCCAUCAUCUUCCAAUUCAUCUUUCUUCAACAAUUCCAGCUCUAUUCCAGCGCCUAGAAAUAACUACAAUAGCUCUACUUCUACAAUUACUAACCCUGCAUUGCUUAGUAACUCAUUACAAUCAUUGAAUUUAAGCGGACAAUCGACCUUGUCUCAGAGAUCAUCUAGCCCUCAGGUACGUUCUGCUGUGACCUCUGAGACGACAAAAUCCACAAGUCAAUGGAACAACGAAUGGAGCAGCCAAUCAACAAGCACGUCCAAACCUUUAAACUCAAAUUCCACACCAAUGGAUGAUGAAUUAUUGAAGAAUGUAUGGGGUUAA